CACUUUCCAUAUUAUAUUUUCUUAAAUAUUUGACAUUUUACGCCAUAUUUAGCUUAUAAAAAAUUUUUUACAGAUAAAUUUAAACCAAAAAAAAAAUUCAUUCUGGAUUGCUACUUUUAAGAUGUAGGAAAAUUCGCUACAAAUUGAAAAAAACCUGCAAAACUUUAUCAGAUGCUAAACUUCGCUAAGAGAGCCUUCACAUUAUGCGUAACAGCCUUUGUACUAGCAUCGAUUCCUAACCUUACUUCAGGAAACGAUGCGGAUAUCUUUCAUAAACAUUUGAUGCCCCACGAUGGUUAUAUUGAUUUGAGACCGUCUGAUUUUUCGAAUGCCGUUCUUCAAAAUAUUUACGAAAGAUUGGAAAAUCCGAACGAAUAUGGAGGAUACGAAGAUACCAAUAACGUUAACAAUAUUAAUGAUAACUAUAUAAUAGAUCCGGCUAACAACGAGUAUAGAAAUGAAGAUUUUAACGAUAUCGUGCCCCAAUCAAAUAUGGCGGAAGAAUCGUUAGGGUCGGUAGGGAUGGAUGGACCUUACGAUAAUAACAACGCUAUCAGAGACGAGGAACACUUGCCUCAGAGUGGGCUCUGGGGCCAUCAAUACGUUCAAGGUGGAGCUGGAGAAGGAAUUCAAUCCUUGAGUCCCAUGGGACUUUUCAAAAAUAUUCAAGAUAUCAAGACUGACGCAUUUUUGCCCACUUACUGCGAUCCACCUAACCCUUGCCCAUAUGGUUACACUAGUGACGACAACUGUUUAGAAGAUGUGAAAAACACUGCGGAUUUCAGUAGAGAUUAUCAGUCCCAACAAGUUUGCUUAUGCGACCCUGAACACAUGUUCGAUUGCCCGGAAGAACAUACUCAAUUCAUCCUACCACCAAAACAUUCGCCUCUGAAUAACGCCGUAUGGCCGGCCGGUAAUUUAAUGGGCAAGGGCAUGUCGGAAAGGAUAGCUAAUAUCUUGAAGAAUUUCGAGAGUAAAAGAAAGGACCAUCCAAUCGUAGCUAAAAAGGGGGAACAUAUACCCAAAAAACUUGAAAAUCAAGAAAAGCCCAGCAAUCCAUAUUUAACAGGCGAAAAGUUGAGGACCGUCGCGAAAAAAGGAAAGAACGUAUAUUAACAUUCCAAGAUAUAACUAUUUCCUUUACAAAGUGGCUCACAAUAAAAUUUUAUAUUAUACUAAAAUCAAUGGCAUUGAUACUAAUCAAAAGUGACGAUAUAUUUAUUAAAAAGUUUGUAUAUUGCAAGACGCCAUUGAAAUGUCUUUCUACGUUGUCUACUGAAUUACAGAUGAUUCAAUGCAUGUACACUUUUAAUAAAUUAAUUGGUAGUUUAGGUUAGUAAUAAUGUCAAUGUAUACAAUACAUUUUUUUAAAAAAACUUAAAAUGUUAUCAAUCAAUUUUCUUUACAAAAAAAACGAAAAAUCACAUUUAAUUUUAAAAAAAUUGCACAUAAAAACUAAUAUAUAUAUUCCAUUUUUUUUUGUUUCAAAAAUGUCAUUCAUAAAUUAUUUAUUCAAUGUUAUUAUUGUCAAAUUUUUUUAUUUUAUAAAAUAAUAUUUAUUAAUUUCAAUUUUUUUAAAAAAAAUAUUAUAUCAUUCAAUGCGACACACAGGUGACUUAAAAAUUUAUCGGAUAUGAUAAAACAAUGUUCUAAAAGAUUCCUAUGUUUUUGUCACAUAUUUUUCCCUCCAAAAUCACAUCGUAUACAUUUGUAAGUCACACUAAAUAAAUUAUCAAUUUUCUCGUAAUCAUGUCGGUUUCCGUUUAUUAUAAAAGCUGAUAAUGGAUCAAGUGAUUCGAAUGUAUCACAUUGUAUUCUCUUAAAUGCAUCUAAAAAAAAAAUAUUUUUUUCCUAAAAAUAAUUGUCAAAAAUUACGAUUACUUACAUUUGUUUUGGAGAUAAAAAAUUUCGAGAUUUUCGCCAUAUUAUUUAAAAGCUUUCUUAAUAUAUAAUAUGAUUUGCAUCGGGCCUAAUUUUUCAAUCCCGACCCGAAUUUAUUUAAAUAUAGAAGUUAAUUUUUAUAAUUACUCAAAAUAAACGAUAUAUGUUA